GACGUCACCAGGACUCGAGGUGCCGUGUGCGCUCGUGCCUCCCCGGAGCUCCUCAGUGCUGUUGGAGGAGCAGGAGGAGACAGACUCACCGGGCUCACUAUGGAUCUGUUUACCGCUGGUGGAUGAUGUUUUCACCGCACAUUUGAAGGUCUGAUCCCGUCAAGGACACGGAGCAGAUGCCUGUCGACUGAGAGAAGGAUUAAAUCAGGAGUCCGUCACCUCGUUUAAGUAGGUGUGAAGUGCUGGCUGCAGCCAUGGGCAACCAGCUGACCGACAUCGCUCCCAACACGUCGUUCCUGCCGAGCUUCCAGUCGCUGCACGUGGUCGUCAUCGGACUCGACUCGGCCGGGAAAACCUCGCUGCUCUACAGACUCAAACUGAAGGAGUUUGUGAAGACAAUCCCCACCAAGGGCUUCAACACGGAGAAGAUCAAGGUGGCGGUGGGAGCGUCCCGCACCAUCAACUUCCAGGUGUGGGACGUGGGCGGCCAGGAGAAGCUGCGCCCGCUGUGGAAGUCCUACACCCGGCGGACGGACGGCUUGGUGUUCGUGGUGGACUCCACCGAGCCGGAGCGCAUGGAGGAGGCCAAAGUGGAGCUCCACAAAAUCACCCGCACCUCGGAGAACCAGGGCGUCCCCGUGCUCGUCCUCGCCAACAAGCAGGACCUGGAGUCCGCGGCAUCGGUCGGCGAGGUGGAGAAGCUGCUCGCCGUGCACGAACUGAGCACGUACACGCUGCACCACGUGCAGAGCUGCAGCGCCGUGGACGGCCAGGGGCUGCAGCCGGGCCUGGAGAAACUGUACGAGAUGAUCCUGAAGAGGAAGAAGAUGGUGAAGCACAACAGGAACAGAAAGAGAUGAGGAGAUUUAUCCUCUUAACGGUUUCCUUUUUAAUGGGAGAGCGAUUUGUGCCAACACAACAACAAUCACACCGGGCCGGCCGCGGGGUCAGGACGAAUGGAUUUCACCGUAAUAAGUGAAGCAGUAUUGACAUAUUCUUUGUUCCGCCGUCCUGCCGCUGCCCUUUGAAAGCUUCAGAUAUAGAUUUAAAGGGAACCUCGAUAGCAGUUAGUCUUCACUAAGUGCUUUUCUAAGACGUUUUCCUGUUAACGGACUAAUAACACAUCCAUGUGGCAGGUCCCUCUAAUAUACAAACUGUCCUUAUAAUCCUCCACAUGAUUGCACACUCUGCCCCACUUACUAGCUGUUUUUGUUCCACAGAUGCUUCCUUGAAAUAUUUAUUCCACAUUCUUGUGUUGGUGUUGGACGGAGAGGCUGCUUUUAUUGUGUAAAUGAUGUGAAAUGAAACAACUGGAGAUGGAGAAACACAUGAUGAUGAUGAUGAUGAUUCAAUUUAAAUUGCCAUGGAUCAGUAAUCCCAAGUGCAUUCCUUUCAUGGCCACACACGUUAAGUUUCAGUUCAAUAAUAAUAAUAAUAAUAAUGUUUAUACAAAUUGUACAUUUUUGUAACACUGAAGACUUAAUAAAUCUAAGCACUGUACAGAACA